GACAACUCGUGAAUAAAAAUCCGUACGUCCCACUUUCUAUGAAUUAAUCUUUAUGUAUUGAUUUUCAAAGCGUCUACUGCAGCGCAGACCUCCCGAACAGAAAACAGCGCGAUGUUAGCGAGGAUAACAUCCAUGGAAGACAGCGUGAAAAAUCUUAAGGAAGAACUGAGGGUAAAAUCAAGUCAACUUGAAGAGGUUGAAAAGUCCCUUAAAACACUGGGGACAAAAAACGACAAUUUGAAGAAAAUGUUGAACUGCACAGCAGCUGUGGGGCAGUCUUUUCAACAAGAUAACAAUCUAACUAAUGUGCUGAGAGAUAUCAAUACAACGCUGUCCUUCAAGAUCAACCAAAUUGGUGUAUCCAUUAGCGCGGUUUAUUCGUUGGUUAACAAAACAGAGAAAGACUUAAACACUUAUAAGAACCACAGGGAGGACUCUCUGAAAUCACUUAAAAAUGCAACGGACCGACUCGAACAAGAAGACAACGCUCUGAGGGCAGUUUUAGAGGAAAUUAACAGGACCCUUUCCAUUAAGGUACACAACGUGAGAAAGCUCCAGGGCCCAAUCGGACCAAUCGGGCUUCCAGGCUUCAACGGCUCUCAGGGACCGAUAGGUCCCGCUGGACCUCCAGGAUUGAAUGGAACACAAGGACCCCAGGGCAUCAUGGGCCCCCAAGGGUUUAACGGCUCACAGGGCGCUCAAGGUCCAGCUGGUCCACAGGGACCCCAAGGAGCAGGAGACUUUUCUCAGUGUGUACACAAGACAGAUUCAAAAACAGGAAGCCAAGACAAAAUAACAAGCUACAGUCGUGCAGGCCCAAUUCAGGUUAUCCUGCAAGAACCAAGCGGUAAAAGAAUAGUGGGCGCGACAUGCUCAGCAGACAACGCGCAGCAGUAUUUGCUUUCAACCGAAAUACACCCAGUCAACGGUCAUUUAUAUUACUACUGUGAGUGUUAUGGACAUUAUGGCUCUGGCUCGCAAAGUGUGAAAUGCACCAUCCAUUACUGGGAAUGCCCGCUGACAACUUGAAGUCUACUGAUGCCUGGUGAACGCAGGGUGUUGAGUCCAAAUCCUCCGAAGGAAAAACAAAUGGUGACUGUACAUUUACCACAUUACCAUGCGAACCUUACACAAUUCAUUUGGCUCAAGGAAAGCCAAAUUUUUGCGAAUGUUUUCCUUUGCUAAGAAAUUGUGUAUGCUUGGGUUUGACUAAGAUGUUGAAACUUUUCUGUACGAUUUUAUGGGCGUUGUGAAAGGUUACUGCCUCUAAGAAUUAUCGGUAGAUGUACCCGUAACCACUUAUUUCCUACGGAGGAUUGGAAGACAGUGUUUAUAGUCUUUUGAAUCGGUUUAGGUAUACCUUA